GAAUCUGAUGCACAGUGCUGCUUACAUCACAUAAUUAGAUUAGAUGAAAAUUCAAUAUGGCAUCAUAACUUGCAAAAUUUUCCAAAAAUUUUUAAUUUGAAUAAUUUGAAUGAUAUAUAUGUGACUUUUGUGUAAUUUUUGAAUUUAAUUAUUAAAUUAUUCUAAAUUUAAUUUAAAUUAUUAAAAUUCAAUAAAUUGUUAUUUUCAAAUUUAUAAAAAAAUUUAUCAAAAAAAAUUCAAAAAUUUGAGUGCUUCAAGUUCAACUUUUAUUUAUAUAUAUAUAUUAUAAAUUUUAAGAAAUGCAAUGAUUUUAUCAAUUUAUAUUGUCUUAAUUUUUUCAAUAUUAUGUAUAUCAUGGGAAGAUGAAUACAUAUCUAUAAUAACUGAUAAAGAAAAUUAUAAAAUAUUUCGACCUAUAAAAGCAGAAAUAAAUAAAUAUUUUCCAACAUGGAAUAGUUUAGAUAGUCGUCCUCUUCCAAAUUGGUAUAAUGAUGCGAAAUUUGGUAUUUUUAUUCAUUGGGGUAUUUUCAGUGUUCCUAGUUUUGGCUCUGAAUGGUUUUGGAAUAAUUGGAAAGAAGAACAUAUUGAUACAAAAUACCAUGACUUUAUGAAACAAAGGUAUCCACCUAAUUUUACGUAUCAGGAUUUUGCUCAUGACUUUACUGCUGAAUUUUUUAAUGCAUCACAAUGGAGUGAACUAUUUCAAGCUUCAGGUGCAAAAUAUAUUGUAUUGACAAGUAAACAUCAUGAAGGAUAUACUUUAUGGCCUUCAAAAUAUUCAUUUAGUUGGAAUUCUGUAGAUGUAGGACCACAAAAAGAUCUUAUAGGUGAAUUAGCUACAGCAAUAAGAAAUUUAACUAAUUUGAAAUUUGGUCUUUAUUAUUCUUUAUACGAAUGGUAUAAUCCUCUUUAUUUACUUGAUAAAAAUAACAAUUUUACAACUCAAAUCUUUGUUGAACAAAAAAUAAUCCCUGAGUUACAUGAGUUAGUAGAAAAAUAUAAACCGGAAAUUAUAUGGUCUGAUGGUGAUUGGGAGGCAUCAGAUGAUUAUUGGAAAUCAAAAGAAUUUUUAGCUUGGCUAUAUAAUGAAAGUUCUGUGAAAAAUACAGUGGUAGUAAAUGAUAGAUGGGGUCAAAAUAUAUCAUGUCAUCAUGGUGAUUUUUAUACAUGUUCUGAUCGUUAUAAUCCUGGAAUACUUCUACCACAUAAAUGGGAGAAUUGUAUGACAAUUGAUAGAAAGUCUUGGGGAUUUCGUAGGAAUGCUAUUCUAUCAGAAUAUUUUACUUUAGCAGAAUUAAUAAAAGAAUUAGUAAUUACUGUAAGCUGUGGAGGAAAUUUACUAAUGAAUAUAGGACCAACAAAGGAUGGUAUUAUUACUCCAAUAUUUGAAGAAAGAUUGCGCAAAAUGGGUGAUUGGUUAAAAAUAAAUGGAGAAGCUAUUUAUAAUACUAAACCUUGGACAACACAGAAUGAUACUUUAACUUAUAAUGUUUGGUAUACACAAAAUAAAAAUACAAAACAAAUUUAUGCAAUAAUUCUUACAUGGCCAAAUAAAGAUGUAUUAUAUUUAGGAUCAUUUCGAGCAACUACCAAUACACAAAUUUCUGUACUUGGAUCUAAUUUAUUAAUAGAGUGGAAACAAACUAUUGAAAAAUUGAAAAUAUUCUUACCAGCAGAACUUAAUAGAGGACAACCAGCUUGGACAUUAAAAAUAAAAUAGAAAUAACAUUAAUAAUUCUUCAUAAAUGAGAUUCACUUGUAAAAAGAUCAAAUUAUAUUUGCAGUUAUGAUAUAUUUAAACAUUAUUUAAAUUCUAUUUUUAAUUUAAAAUGUUUGAAGUUGUUGAAUUUUUGCUAAAUUUUUAAAAAAUUUUUUUUACCUAUUAAAAAACAGAUGACAAUGCAAAGAUAAUUAUAAAAAAGAUAAAUAAUUCCCAUUUUUAAAAUAAGGAUAACAUUUUUACAAAAUAAAGACUUAAUUAAUCUUUUUUAAUUAAAUAAUGUUUAAUUUUUUUAUGCAAAGAAAAAAAUACAUUUAAAUCAAAAAUAUAAAAUGUUAUUUUUUUAUUUUUUAUUUAUUACAUAUUUUUCUUUCAAAAUUUUAUUUAUGGAUGUUUGUAUCAUAGUUAUAUAGAUGUUUGUAUAGAUAUCAGUAAAAAUACAAAAUAUCUUUGGAAAGUACUUUAGACAUCAAAAUAAUGACAAAAAAAUUAUCAAUUCAAAUUUAAUAUAUAUACACAUAUAUAUUGACAAUGCUUGAUUAACGAGUUAUAAAUAAUUUUAAGUUUAGAGUGAAGGCAGGAAGUAAAAAAAGUAAAGAAAGAGCACUGAACUGAACUUAUUUAAUACUUUAAUAUAUAUUUUUACAUAAUAUUAUUAUACCAUAAUAAGCAGAAUAAAAAAAAAUAAAUACAAAGGCAAAUUCAUAUAUUUUUAAUAAUCUAUUUCACAAUAGCAUAAUAUAACAUACAAUGUAUAUUAUGUAAUUAUUUAUUUAACAAAAAGUUACUUCAAAUAAGUUGCAACAAAUUUUAAAAUAUUGACAUUAUAAUAUAAUAACAUUAAAUUCAUAGAUAAAUCAUAUAAACAUUUUAUUUAAAUCCAUAAAUAAAUUGUUAUGUGAUAUUCAACUUGUCUACUUAUUAAAAUCCAUAAAAACAAAUCAAAACACACUCCCAUCCAAAUUUUAAAUUGGAAAGAUUAAAUAUAUUUUUCUACUCAAACUUGGUUCUUUUAAUUAUUUUCAUAAAAUAAAAAUAAAAGCUGAUUCAUUCUUACAUUCAAUAAUUUAUGAAAUUCAAAUUAGUACUGAGAUUUUAUAUAUAUAUAAAAAUAAAGCAAGUUUCUGUAUAGAAAAAUAUAUUCAACUUUUCUAAUUCAAAAUCUUAUGGGAAUGUUUUAUUUCUAUAAAUUUUGACAAGUAGACAAGUCGAGUAUAAUAUGAUGAUUCAUUUUAAUUUGAAAUGUGUAAUUUGAAUUGUGUAAUAUUGCUUAUAAUACAAAAAAAAUAAGUUCUUGAAUGCAUCAAUAUAAAUUUAUAUCUUGAUUAUUUUUUCAAUAAUAAUAAUAAAUAUUCAAUAAUUCAAUAAUAAUAAUAAUAAAAAUACAUGUAUGUGCAUGUACAAUGUUAAUGUUGAAGUUGUGCUAUUUCAUAUAAAUAAGCUCCAAGCAUCUUAGUCUAAAUCAAAAAUAAAAUAUUUUUAUAUUUAAAUAAAAUCAUAAUAAAAUAUAUUAUUUUAAAUAUAAAUA